AUGACAAGAAGAUAUGCGACGUUCUACGACGUAAUACUUAUCUGGUCUGCUGGUGGUGGUGGUGAAAAAGGAGUAACGUAUAAGGAGCGUUUUAUUUUAGAUCUUGCAAUAAUACGAGUAAUUUUCUUAUUUAUAUAAUGCAUCAAUAUGGACGGGUGUUAUGCAGAAAAUAAAGAUGUUAUUAAACAACAACUUUUAAAAUGGGAUAUUUUUAUGGACGAUAGUAUCAUACCUCUACUUAUAUAUAUGCAUGUUUACCAUGUUACAACAACAAUGUAAUAAUGAGUUACGUUACAGAACAUUGGUGUGGGAUGGGUGAAAUUGAAAGUGUGCUUAUAAAAGAAAAUUUUGAUGUAGAAUUAGAUAGAUAUAUAAAAAUAUAUUUUUCGAAGUUUUGUAAAUUGUUUAAAACAAAGAAGGCAUUUGAGGUAUGCGAUUUAAUGUUGGUUUUAUUUCAAGGUAAUGAUUUUUAAAAUAUUUCCGGUUGUUUUAAACUAUUAGUUACCGCAUAUACCCUUGUGUCUAUAUAUGGUCAUAUAGAUUUUUCCAGUUUGGAAAAUAAAUAUUUUUUUUAAGACAAAUGACAAAUAUUCGAAAUAAAGUGUGUCGACAUAUUCAAGGUGUUAUAGCUAAGGAAUUUUUGUUAAACACCGCUUUGUUUGCGGGCACGUUAUAUACAGCAUAUAAAUUGUGGUGAAGACACGCCAAUAUAUUUCAUUCCAAGAUGGCACAAAAUACAGAAGAAAGUCGCCCGUUAGAAUUAUAUGAGAAACGGAAUGCUACCCAUGUUAAAGAAUUGGGUAGUUACGAGAACAGAACAAAAAAAAUGUUGUGGUAUGAGCGAUUCAAUGAAAAAUGUCACAUCGCUUCAGCAUUACCCACACAAGGGGCUGAUAAGAAUUUAUAUAAAAUGAAAUUCAGCAUGAGCCAUGAAGAGCUACGCCUUGUCCAAGAAUGUCUUAAACAGGCAAAGAAAGGUGGUAAGCAUUAUUUUCUCAUAUCAGAAAGUGAAGAUUAUCAAAAGAGUCUGGUGUGUUUGGUGUUGAAAGAUAGCAAGUUUCAGGGGCUGGUAUUGUGUCGGUUAAACGCUGUAAAACCGUUGGAUGUGGUCGAGGGUGAUGUUCCCGAGGGUGAUGAAGAAGAUAGCGGUGUGGUGGUGCCCCCGACCGAUGGGUACACUGUUCGAACCCGAGUUGGAUUGGGUUGAAGCUUGGGCAAAAUGCUAUUUUUUGAAAAAUGAAGAUUGGCAACAUGUGUGCAAAGUAAUCAAUGAAUUUCUGUUGGAUGUUCAACACGCGAUGGAUGUUGAUGAUGAAUCGGUUAUUCCCUCUACACCACCACCACCGGUAAAUAAAAAAAAAAACCUCUCUACCACUUUUGCCACUACCAAAUCCGUCACAUCGAAGGCUACCACAUCGAAGGCUACCACAUCAAAAAACCCGUCGAAACCGACCAAGCGUAAGCGUAUUGUCGAUGACUUAUCUGAUGAGGUAAAUUAUAGUGAAUUGUAUUAUUCUGCGCGUCAAUUAGAACAAAAACUAGAGUUUGGUUUAACGAUGAGCAAUACAAUUAAGCGUGUAUUAAUGUAUAUGCUAAAGUAUGGUGAAACGUUUGAUAACGCUUUACAUUUGUAUAAUACAAAUGGGGAAAAUAGUAUUUUAAUAGAAUUCAGGAGUGAAAUAGAAACUGCAAGGGAUAAGUUACUUAGGAUAUUUAACGUGUCUGAAUUGACUUUAGAUGGUUUUUUGGAAACUGUUCUUUCAUGCUGGUAAUUUUUUUUUUAGUCACGAAAAGCUAUAUCGGUUAUUAUAGCUGUUAUGUAUCGUGAUAAAAUUCCCGCAAAACAAGCAGUUCUCAGUUAUAAAGAUGAGAUGAAUGAAGAGUUUCCACAUGACUAUCUACAGCUGAUAAAAGACGGCGGUGAUUUAGAUGUAGAUGAUAUGUACGCUGAAAUGAUUGAUAAAAAUAUGUUACAUUAAUUUUUUUGUAGUAAUCAUGGGAAAACAAGCUUGAAAGACAAAUAACAAAGAAUUAAUUAAAAAGACAUCACGAUUAUUAAAACAUGAACGUUUAAAUGAAAAAGAAAAAGAAGCAUAUACGUUACACAGUCGUAAACUGGUAAAAUAUAAACGCUUAAAUAUUAACAUUUAUGAACGUAAUACUAUGAAGCGCCAUUUGUGACAAAAUACCAGCAAUAAUGUGUAUAGAAAAAUUAAAUUUAUGUAUCAAAAGUUCAUAUUUUUAUGGUUAAAAUGCAAAAACAAAUGUAUCAGAGUUUCUUUAUGUAUCAAAAGUUCAUAUAUUUAUGGUUAAAAUACAAAACAAAUGUAUCAGAGUUUCUUUAUAAAAGUACAGCAGAGAACGGUCAGCAGUCUCUAACGUAUAAAAGUUGCAACACUUUAUGUUGUACAAAUAUAAUGGUCUAUUUUCGCCAUUUUCGCGCCAUAAUUGCAAGAAGAUCCAACAUGGCGGAUCAAAACAAUUCGAGCAAUUCGCUCGGUUCUUCUGGUUUUUCUAUUGAACAACUGGUAAACGGAGUUUUAUUGCAUCCACAAUUUCGUCACGUUGUCAGCAACAUAACAUGACUUCCUCCCAGAAUUCAACUUCAAGUGUCACAUCGACAACAACUAAUAAAUGGUCCAUCGACUCCCACAGCUGGUCAAUCUACUCCCCCUGUAUUAACCCAUUCGAGCGCGACGACGAGUCAUGUCGGUAAUCAAAAUCAAAGUCCGGCUGAGGAAUUGAGGGCUAUUUUUCGACGUGGAACAUCUUCCCAGCAACAGCAAAAUAUAAAUGCAACUAUUCCUCGUUUUAAUAGUAGAUUUUCUUACCAGCCGAGAGGCCGCCGCAAUGCAACUCGUAGACUGAAUAGCAACGAAGGGAAACAGAAGACAACUGGAAAACGCUGCGGUCAAACUCCAGCCAAACAAUCUUUUUGCCGAGAAGUUGUGUUAUUAAGGAGUCCAGACGACACCAAGGGUGUUCGUGGUCAUAGUAAAGCAGCAUUGCACAGAGCUGGGAAUGUCAUCAGUGCAUUUAAAUUUGAAAAGAGUUGGUGUUUUUCUACGGUCUGCGAAGAGCUCAAUAAAGCAUUUCCUCAGCUCGGGUGUAUAAAUACAAUGCCAAAGUGAGUGAUUGUAUAAAAUUAUUAAUAAGCUAUUCCAAUUAAUAUGUGUACCCCCCCCCCCUUAUCGAGGAGACUGGAAAUCCUCUGGUGUAAGUAGUUCCAGGCUGGAAAUCCUCAGGUGUGGGCUGUUUUCAGUCUGGAAAUCACCAGUUGUGGAUAGUUUUCAGCCUGGAAAUCUUCAGGUGUAGGCUGUUUUCACUCGGGCUGGAAUCCCUCAGCAUAAGCAUAUUUUCUGACUGGAAUUCCUCAGGGUAAGCAAACUAUCAACCUGGAAUUCCUCAUCAUAAGCAUAUUAUCUGACUGAAAUUCCUCAGGGUAGGUAUAUUUAAUAUCUGACCGGAAUUCUUCAGAGUAAGGAUAUUAUAUUAUCAGGCUGGAGUUCCUCAGGGUAGGCAUAUUAUCAGGCUGAAAUUCCUCAGGGGCAAAAGCGCUGGGGACUAUGUCCUUGAUAGGUGGGGGGGGGGGGGCAGAUAUUAAAUGGAAUAACCCAAUAUAUAAAAAUAGUGCCUUUUGAUAGUGAAUUUUACAUUUGUCUGGUAUUAAAUAAGUCUUUCUCUAAACUUAAAAUGUGUGAAAUUCAGUGUCUUGCAAACCCAAAAUAGAGUUAACCUAGUAAUGAGUGGCAGCACUCUACACUUGAACCCAUUAUUUGAAUGGCAGCACUCCACUUGACGAGUAAAAUCGUCUGGUGUUAGACAGAGUAAAAUACUAAAGUAGGGCACAUCGGGGUGCAUUGCCACAUAACAGGUUAAUAUACACAAUAAAAAGCAUAUACAUGCAUAUAUAUAUAUGUUUGCGAUGUUACUCUGAGUGCAUAUCCACACCGGGCGAGCUUGAAAAAUAUACCCGGCCACGGUGGGAUUCGAACCUAUGACCUUUGGAAUACUAGCCCAAUGCUCUUCCAACUGAGCUACGCUAGCCUGCGAGCAGGCUCUCUGGGGAAAGAGAGCCUGCAAGGAUCCCUAUGAUGAUUCGGUGCAUGCGUCCAAUAUUUGGACGCAGUGCUCUGAUUGGUUGAUAACUGAUUCAUAUGAAGUGAUUGACAAGCUUCCAUAAACUUGCACUUCCUGUUUGUAAAACCGACCAACGCAAAGCUUCGGAAUUGCGGCAAUGUUAAUGUAGAGAUAAAAGUGUCAUGUAUUUUGAUCCUGGUUGACUUUUUACUGUAAAUUAAUAUAGUAUUCAUAUAAAGACGAAUACUAAAAGCUUGCAUGCUUUAUUGUGUCCUUGGCUUGUCUGACUCCUAAGCUAAGAAUAAUUCUUGAGAAAGACUGCACAAAUUCGCAAACCGAAACCUAGGGACAAGGCAUUAUAUCGCUUCUCUUUUAUGAAACAAUAUUGGGAAUUCUGAUAAUAUUCAGUGCAUAUUGUGUGUAUUAAGCUUGUUUUACAAUGUUAUACUGACUAUUUAAUAUUUAUAAGUAUGCGGCGUUAAAAUGUACAGUAAUUUACUCGUCACUUUGUUUACAAUAAUUAUCACAUGCAUGUUUACUGCAAUUCCACUUUUUGUUGCAAAAUUUGAACUAUAAACAUAUUAUUAAAUUAUGUCCAAUGUCCAUGGUAUAUCAUAUAUGUCUAUGUCUCACCAAAGCCAUAAAUUUCAGUAAGUUAUAUUAUUACUAUAUAUAUAGACUGUAUACAGUGUAUAUUAUAUAUUGCAGCACGAAGCAAUUCCAAAUAACUGAAUUAGUUAGCGGGUAAUAUACAACUUUAAACUUACUGUGCCUACAGGAGAAACACAUGCAGAUUGUAAUAAAAAGUACAACUUGAUAUAUUACUCUGUAAAACCUCGAGCCGUUUUAACUUUUUUAGUAUGCCACAGUGGCGGUCUGUAUACGAAACUAUUAACGAAUUUGAAACGAAUCGGUUUAUGUUUACAAUAUCGUAGUGUAUUCCGGUCUGUGCUGAUUGGUUGUUAUUAAUUGACCUGUGACAUCAUAAUUGAAGGGCGGCACGCAAUCAUCAUAGGGAUCCUUGCAGGCUCUCUUUCCCCAGAGAGCCUGCUACGCGGUCAGGACGGUUCGAGUAACUAGCGCGGUCAGGACGGUUCACUUACUCGAACCGUCCUGACCGCAUAGCUCAGUUGGAAGAGCAUUGGGCUAGUAUUCCAAAGGUCGUAGGUUCGAAUCCCACCGUGGCCGGGUAUAUUUUUCAAGCUCACCCGGUGUGGAUAUGCACUCAGAGUAACAUCGCAAACAUAUUAUUCACCUGAGUACACAACACCAACACAAAAAAAAAUUCAUAUUACAAGAACACAUUGGUAUUGAAGGAACUAGAUACUGUUCCGAAAUAUCACUUACUCGAACUGUCCUGACCGCGUAGCUCUGUUGGAAGAGCAUUGGGCUAGUAUUCCAAAGGUUGUAGGUUCGAAUCCCACCGUGGCCGGGUAUAUUUUUCAAGCUUGCGCGGUGUGGAUAUGCACUCAGAGUAACAUCACAAACAAUAUUCACCUGAGUACACAACACCAACACAAAAAAAAAUAAAUUCAUAUUACAAGAACACAUUGGUAUUGAAGGAACUAGAUACUGUUCCGAAAUAUCACUUACUCGAACCGUCCUGACCGCGUAGCUCAGUUGGAAGAGCAUUGGGCUAGAAUUCCAAAGGUCGUAGGUUCGAAUCCCACCGUGGCCGGGUAUAUUUUUCAAGCUCGUCCGGUGUGGAUAUGCACUCAGAGUAACAUCACAAACAUAUUAUUCACCUGAGUACACAACACCAACACAAAAAAAAAUGUAUAUAUAUAUUUUAAGACAUGAACAAUUAAUUUAACCAUAAUUCUUGGAUUUCAUGUGAUGUCAUAGAUUUGAGUGGGGGUAGCUUUAAAUCGAGAAACAGUCAUCAGAGUGAAUUCAUUGUCCACUGUAUGUGUUGGCCUUGUGUUUGGUGGCAAAUAAGUGAAAUUUUGUAUCUCAAUACAUUUGAGGUCGAAUCUAGUUCCUUCAUUAUCAAUGUAAUCUAGUAUAAUCAUGAUUUUUUGUGUGUGUGUUUAAUGUACUCAGGUGAAUAUGGUGCUUGUGAUGUUGCUCUGAGUGUAUAUCCCCACUGGGCUAGCUUGAAAGAUAUGCCUAGCCAUGCAUAUUAAUAUAACAAAUAAGCUGUUGUUGAAUUGCAGAUUUCAGAUUAUGAUGGGUGUGGGAAACGAGCUAGUUAAACCGCAACUUGCAGCUGGUGAAGAGUUAACUGGUGGAAAUAUCAAUAAAAUAUUCACCCAAAGAUCAGUUUGGAUUUUGCCAUCUGAGAAACUUGAUGAUUUAUGCAAAGAUUAG